GGGGACCGGAAACAGGAGGGCGUGUAUUACUCUCUGUCCUGCAUCUUGGGGUCCUUCCGGGCAUCCACCCCCUCCCCCGCACCCUUUGCAGCCCGGUGCUUCCCCGUGCACGCUUUCCUGGCGACUCAACCCCGUGGGGGGUCAACGGGGCUUGCAGUUGCCAAGGAGGAGGAGGAGCGGCCCCGAAACGUGCAGCUUGCAAGGGCUUCCUUUCCGGGGGAUGGGGAGGCGUCCAAAGGGUUAAAGCUGGAGGACCUGGGGACAUUUGAGAAGGGAGGCGGGGCUGGCGGGCGAGGAGUCCUCCGCCUUCCCCCGGACCCAGCCCGGCUCUUUCCUGCUUCGUUGGGAGGGGGCACCCUUGCCUUGGAUGGCUGUGAAGCGAAGGUGAUGAGGAUCCAAGCAAGGUCAAAGAGGAGUAUUCCUCACAAGAAGACAGUGAACUGGAGGAAAUAUACAGCAUGUCUCUGGAGGUAUCGCAAGGAAAGGCUCCUCUGGUAACUGCGAUUCAUGAGUCAGGAUGUGACUCUGAUGGAAAAAAAGGAUGGAAUGAAUCCAUGCAAGGUCCAAUGGCAGUGAAGGAAACCGCAGGGCACUCCAGGGUGAAUAAGUUUUUGCACUCCAAGACUGGGAAAUGGUAUCGCUGUAAAUCAGGACACAUCACCAAUCAGAUGAUGAUCCCUGCUGGAGCAUCCUUACAUGAGUGCCUCAUCUGUGGAGAAUGCUUCCAGAAAAAGAAUUACCUUGCAAAACACCAGAGGAUCCAUGUAAGACCUAAACUAUACCAGUGCUCGGAGUGUGGGGAAGGCUUCAAUUGGAGAGAAGGAUUUAUAAGACACAGGGGGAUGCACACUGGAGAGAAACUGCAUGAAUGCAGCCAGCGUGGGAAAUGUUUCAGCCAGAGGGAGAGCCUGAUCAGGCACAAGAAGAUUCAUACAGGGAAGAAACCAUACGAAUGCCACGAAUGUGAGAAAAACUUCUGUCGGAGGGAUUCGCUGGUCCGACAUCAGAAGAUCCAUACAGGGGAGAAGCCAUAUGAAUGCCCUGAGUGUGGGAAAAGUUUUAAUCAGCGAGAAGUGCUGAUCCGGCAUCAGAGAAUCCACACAGGGGAAAAACCAUAUGAGUGCCAGCAGUGUGGGAAGAGCUUCACUCGAAGAGCCAUACUGAACAGACAUGAAAAAGUCCAUCUGGAAGAGAGGGACUUUUUAAUACUCUGAGAGCAAACCCUUCUGACUACUUCCCAUUCCUUGUUGAGGGAAAAGACACUGCCUUUUGUUUAUUAUUGGUGUGUUUUGCUGAAAAAGUUUUCCUCCCUCCCUCCCAAACUGUCCCCAGAUAGCCAGCCCUUGAAUACAGUCUCUAGCAGUGGUUCUCAACCUGCCUUCUCAACCUUUAAUACAGUUCCUCAUGUUGU